AUCUCUUAGGGGGUAGAGCCCAAGUUCCUAAGGAACAUGCGCUUUGCCAAGAAGCACAACAAGAAGGGCCUAAAGAAGAUGCAGGCCAACAACGCCAAGGCCAGGAGCGCCCGCGCUGAGGCCAACAAGGCCCUGGUCAAGCCUAAGGUUCCCAGGUCCAACAUCCCAAAGGGCUGUAGCCACAAACUCAGCCGACUUGCCUACAUCGCUCACCCCAAGCUUGGAAAACAUGCUCGUGCCUGCAUUGCCAAGAGGCUCAGGCUCUGCCGGCCAAAGGCCAAGGCCAAGGCGGAAACCAAGCCCCAGGCUGCAGGUGCGGCUGCAGCUCAGGCUCCUGCCUCCAAAGGUGCCCAGACCCCCAUGAAGGCUCCACAGUAGAGGUCUCUGCCUGCCGACGUGAGGACGGAAGGACUGGAGAGCGGAAGGGCCCUGGGCUGCUGU